UACACACAGCCAUUAUAUUGUUCAAACCAUAUUUGACUUGCCACGGCUAUCCACAUUCUACAAAGGAAAGCUCAUUUAUAGUUUUUUGCCAAUCCAAGAAUUUCUCUUAAUUGCUUCCUAUAUUUUCUUUUUUGUUUCACUCUACAUGAUAGACGGUCAACAGAAAAUUAAACAGUACCUCCAACUUUUAUAAGCUGCACCCGUUUCAAAUUCUCGUAGCAAGAACCAAACUCUUCUUAAAUAAGUAUCAUUCUACUAAUUAUUGAAAUGCUCUGAGAUUAACCCUUCACUCAAAAUAAAAAUAAUCCCUUUUUAGAGAGUUUUGCAAAUUUUGAGUUAUGAAUAAAGUGAGAGGUUUCAGACUUGGGCGGAGGCUAGUAAGAAAGGGAAGAGUUUUGAGUAGAGCAAUUUCAAAGCUUUGCAAAUUGGGACGUAUGUUAAAGCAGGGAGCAAAAGGACUCUGUUAUGGAAAACCUAAUUCGGGUUACAUCCGGGUCGGGCAAGAACCGGUAGAGACGAAGCAAGUGAGUGUACCAAAGGGGCACUUGGCUGUAUACGUGGGUGAAAAGAAAGAUGACACGUGUAGAGUUGUGGUGCCUGUGAUGUUCUUUAAUCACCCAUUGUUUGCUGAAUUGUUGAGAGAAGCAGAGAUGGUGUAUGGGUAUAAUUAUCCGGGUCGGAUCCAAAUACCGUGUCGGGUAUCCGAAUUUGAGAACGUUAAAUCAAGAAUCGCCGCCACGGGCGGCGGUGGAAACUGCCGUAGAGAGAUGAGCUGGAGAUAACAGUAGUGAUGAGCUGUUGCAUGGGGACGUUUUAGUUUAUGUUAAUGUAGUUCUUACUUCUGCGUUAUACUUGAAAAAAAAGAAAAAGAAUUAUUUGUAUAAAUUAAUGUUAACCUUCUAGCCCAAUUCGAAAAUGCAAUGCAGUUUUCUAGUCUA